AUGGAAAAAUUAGAAUCUAUCUUACAACAACAAAAAGCGCAGGCACCAGUUCCGCAAACUAUUGAACCAGUUAGACAGCCAAGAGGUAUAUAUAGUAAAGAAGAUUUAGAUUUAAAAUAUACUGAAAAACCUUUUCAAAGAUCUCGUCCACAGCAAAAAGAUAAUUCUAGAUUAGAGGAGAAAGUAGAUGAAAUUGGGAAUAUGUUAUCUCAUCUUAAUAUAAAUAAUCAAUUCCAAAAACCAGUAGCCAAAUCAAAUCGAACACAACGAUAUUAUCCCUUUCAACCAAUAAAUUUAACAUAUAAUGAAUUAUUUCCAAAGCUUUCACCGGUAAUGCGAAAAAUGUACCAGUCUCAUACAGUUCAGAAGGAAAAAUCAGAUAAAUGGUUUUCAUAUUUACAAUAUCUGAAUACUAAAAUAGAUAAUAUGCCAAUCUUUAAUUCUUUCUUAGAUCCCGAAAGUAAAUUUGGAAUCUUAAAUGAUGUAACAAUUAAUGCUUUGGGAUGGAAAGCUAACAAGCCAUCUAACUUCGAUAUAAAAGAUAACUCUAAACAUAUCACUGAAAUAUUGGGAUGGUUUAUAAAUGUGCCAGUCAGUAUAAUAGAUAAGGAUGGUAAAACUGUCACAUCUAUUGAAAAUUUCACACAUAUUGAUGAUGGUGAACCUGAACCAAUGUUAUGUUUAGGUAUGUCAUGGAUUCGAAAAGUUCAAG